GAACACCCAUUCCCAAGCAAAAGCAGUCUAACAAAAAGAAACGAAAGGAGCAUUCAAUGACGAAUUUAUCGUAAUACGUCCUGGCAAGUGGAUGUAUUAUACAGUUACAUGCUGUUAGAAAUACAUGCACAAUUUCAAGAUGAUGUCAGCUUUGGUAGUGUCUUCUGUGCUUUAUGUGGUACUGGCUGCCGUAGUAAGAUGUGACACAACCCUGAAGCAAGCACCGUCGUACCGUAAAGAGAGUUCGACAACGUUCCUUCGGCUUACGGCUUUAAGAGACGAUGAAGGGCUAUGGAUCGCUCGCUUUGGAGAGUAUGAGAUAUCGAUUGAACUGAAACAUCAGCCCAAGUCUGCUCUGAGGAAGGGUGCGGAGGACACGUGGACACUGAAAAUAAAACACACGCCCAAAACAUUUCAAAUACACAGAAACGUACAUGGCUUCUAUUAUAAUAACAAUGAAGUUCCAGUGGUUAAUAAAUCAUCAAAAUAUAACAAGAACCCUUGGCAACAGAUCAUCGAUGCCAUAGAUACCGACGCUGAAGACGCCGAUGUCCCGGUAUAUAAUAAAUUCCGCCGGUCUGCCAAACCAAAGAAGGGGAAAUCUCGACGUCAAUUAUCCCCAAAAUCACAGAUCACUAGAGAAAUGAGAGCCAGUAUCACACAGCUGAACGAUACGGUGAUCCAGCCUGUUUUACAGGAACCGCCAAUCAUGAAACAAGUAGUUCAAGAGAAUCAACAGCUGCGAGUUGCAUUUAACAGACUUGAUAAUGACACAAGUCAAAUGGGAAACACUGAUGAAUCAUUUCAAGAAUUAAAUGAGACACCAUGGGACAAUGUUGCAGCUGUGAUGUUGGAGUCCGUCGCAAAUCAUAGUCUGUCAGUCGAAAAGAGCCUGGAUCAGCAAGAGUCCACAGACAGUGGCGCUGAUCGGGAGCAAGAAGAACUACUGGAAGCAGACGCAUUGCCGCUAGAGCAGUCUGAAGAGGGAGACGAAUUAGAAGUAAAUAAAGGAACUGCCUCAUUUCAUGACACAAGAGAAAACAGAACUGUUCAUACACGUAAUUAUGAUAAUGAGGCAUGGAACCGAACUGAAGGAGUGGACGCCGAUGCUGAGGAAGAGGAGAAUUCGAGAAACUCGACGGAAGGAGCUGAAGUAGCUGCCAUUUUGAAUGGAGAACACGUCCUUAGUGAAUCGGAUUAUGUAGUAGAAGAUCCAACAGUGAGAGAAUAUGAUAAAGAGGACGGAGAACUAGAAGAUAAUUACGAUAACAUGGGGGUUGGACGUGGGGACUCCGAGCCUACAUCCGAAAUGAAAAGAAUUAUGGACUGGUUUCCAAGAUCAAAAUUGUUAACCACGGAGAACAACGGAUACAAGUUAUUUCCUGGGGUGGGCUGGUUCAAGCUGAUUACGUGGCCGGAGCGUUGGUCCAAUGCGCAGAAGGUGUGUAAAUUAGAGAUGGCGCAUCUAGCAGUGCCCGAUACGAGGCAGAAAGUACGGGUAUUCCUGCAGAUAUUUAAGAAUUAUCCCGACGUGUUGGAGCAAGCCAUCCUGCAAAGACAGGUGUACGUGGGUGUACACAGCUCGGGACAGGAUAGAAAUUUCAGCACAGUGCUCGGCAAGCCGUUUCUCCCGAAAUUCCCGAUCUGGUUCCCGAACGAACCCGACAAUGCAGAUCCUGGGGAAGACUGCGUUACCUUCCACGCGGAAGGAAAGAUCCGGGACGUGCCCUGCUUCUAUAACCUGCCCUUCCUUUGCGAGAAAGAACUUGAUGACUCCUGGACGACAAGAGAACCGGAUGCCAGCUUCUACUUUCCGCCUUCGGAACAUUUCGAUUAGCUGCAUCAGUUGGUGUGUAAGGACUCGAGAGAAAGGAAAAACCAUAAGGAGCUUCAUUAUUUACUGUCUUCAUCAGAGAGUUUUUCAGUUUCUUGGGUGGGGUGUCCGCUUAGUACGCCGGCCACGAUUUAGUCUAUUGUACCAGCCCCGGACGGUAGAUGAGUGUGGAGUAGUUGGUAGAAUUGGCAGGGGAAACUGAAGUACUAGGAGGAAACUUUCCCCAGUUUUACUUUGUUCGCCACAAAUCUCACAUUACUUGACCUGGGCUCGAACCCGGGCGACUAACCGCCUGAUCCAUAACACCGCCCUUCAUUAGAUAACAUUAGGGCAUACUAACCCUGCUAUUGGGUAUUUUCACCGUUUGGUAGUUAAUUGUGUUUCUGACAUUUCGGAGGAAUAUUCUGCUCCCAUUUUCGAGAUCCAAGUGAAUAUUAUUACUGUGUAUACACGUUAUAAGUUGCAGAUCCAACAGAUUCAGGAGUGGGGGAAAGGUUGCUUGUCUGGACAGCGUCAACAGAAAUGGUGAAUAACGGGAAUUAUGACCAAGACGGCCCUUAUCCUAUGUACAUUCACUCUGAAGAUGAAAGCAGCGUGUUCCUCCGAAAAGCCGGCAACACGGACCACUAUCACACGGUUCAAAUAACCAAAAGGUGAAUCAUCAUGAAAACCUAAAAUUUCUGUCAUUACGAUAAAGAAAUCAAGAGAAAAGAUUGGAGGCGCACGUGGCACGCAUGGGAGUCAUGAGAAUUAUAUACAGAACUUUGGUCCAAAAAUCCUAUAGGGAAGCAACAACUUUGAAUACCUAGAUGUAGACGGGAGGAAAGCUUUAACGUGGAUCAUAGAUAAAUGGAUUAUUUGGCUCAAGAUAUAUCGGCCUAUAAUCGUCAGUUCUUGCGAUCAUUGUAAUGUACUUCCGGGUUCCAUAAGAUUUUAAGAUUUUAUAAGACUAUAUUAGUCGGAUACUAUGUAAUGAAGACGCAGUUUUUUUCUAUGAGAAAUAGAAUGUGUUCAAAUAUUAUUCAGUUUAACAAGCAAUUAUAGCUAAGGAGAAUGGUUGUCUUAGGUAGGCCGCAAACCGGCAUGCGUCAAGACACGAUGUCUGUAACAUGACACAGAGAAAGAAGCACAGUUGAAAGGAAUGAGAUU